GGCCGACGGCCGCGCUCCGGGAUGCUGCCGGUGCCGGCGCUGGCGGUGGCCGCCGUCGUGGUCGUGGUCGCUGCCGUGGCCGCCGUCCCCGCUCUGCGGCACCGCCUGUCCCGCUCCGCGCUGCGCAGAGCCGGGGCCCGGUACCGGCGGCGCCUGGAGCUGCUGGGCACCGACGUGCGGCUCAGGCAGGAGCGGCGGCUGCGGCGGCUGCUGCCCCCCGGAACGGCCCGCGGUGAGCGGCGGGCGGCCGAGCGGGAGGCGUCGGGGGGGGAGCUCCGGGGGUCCUGCUCACCCUGCGCUCCCCCGGCAGGGACGGAGGAUUUCCGGGAGCGUCACCCGGUGGGGCAGCGCUGUGCGGAUGGGGCACCGGGGAGGCAGGAACCGCCGCUGCUGCCCUGGGCACUGCUCCGCUGCUGCUGGGGCACCGACCCCCUGCUGCAGGGGUCUCUGCUCUACCUGGACACCCUCCAUGCUGCCUUCCCGCAGGCGCUGGUGCCCCGGGGCACGGCGCUGCUCUCCUGGGCCCCCCAUCACCGCCGUGCUCCCGCUGGCUGGGCCCUGCCCUCGCUGUACUGCACCCCGGCCGAGGCUGGGGCCGUGCCCCCCCGAGCUGCAGCCCUGCGGGUGCAGCUGCUGUUAGCGCUGCAGCACCGAGGGCUGCGGGUGCUGGAGGCUGCGCUGCCCGCGGAGCUGCUGGAUGCGCUGCAGACCCUGCGCUCCUCCUGGCCAGAGCUGGCGCAGGAGCUGGCGCUGGGCACCCUGCGGCCGCAGCACGGGCUGCCCGAGGGGCUGCGGCUGCAGCUGCAGGAGCUGCUGACCCCCAACGCUGCCCGGGCGGCCGAGCUGCGCGCUGAGUGCGCCCGCGGCUUCCAGGGCAUCGUGCGGCGCCUGUGGCCGCAGCUGGAGGUGGUGGUGGUGGGGACGGUGCAAGGCACGGAGCAGCUCUACUGCGAUGCCCUCCGGCAGGCAGAGUGCAAGGGGCUGCCCUUCUACUGCCCCUUCUACAGCACAGCAGGAGCGCUGCUGGGUGUGAAUCUGUGGCCGGAGGAGCCAGCACCACGAUUCCUGCUGGGUCCUGAGUGGGCUUUCUACGAGUUCCUGCCCUGCCCAGUGGAGCAGGAGCUGCAGACGGUGCUGCUGGGAGAGCUCUGGGAGGGACGUGAGUACGAGCUGGUCCUGACAGCCCGGCCAGGAGAGUACAGGUGCCGUGCUGGGGAGGUGCUGAGGGUGACCGGCUUCCACAAGCAGUGUACCGUGGUGGAGCCCGUGCGCAGGGAGAGCCAGGCACUGAGCGUGCGGGGUGAGAGCAUCCCCGAGGAGCGGUUCUACCGGAGCCUGUGCCGCGCCGUGGGCAUGUGGCCGGGUGCUCACCUGAUGGACUACGUCUGCGUGGAGAGUGCUCUGCUGGGUGCCUCUUCGGGAGCCUGUGCUCCCCACUAUGAGGUGUUUGUGGAGCUGCGGGGCCUGCGGGACCUGUCGGAGGCGCAGCGCUACAAGCUGGACCAGUGUCUCCAGGAGGAUUUCCCCAUCUAUAAAUCCUUCCGCUUCAAGGGCAGCAUCGGGCCCCUGCGCCUGCACAUGGUGGGCGCCGGGGCCUUUUCCCGGCUGCGGGAGGCACUGGGCAAGCCUGUCCCUAUGCCCAGGGUCCUGCGGGAGGAGCGGCUGCUGCAGCUCAUCCAGAGCUCCGUCAUCUCCUAGGGCAGCCUGGGGGUCCUGCAGCCCUCCUGCUCCUGGGGUGUGCACCCUGCAGGGAGGAGCGGUGCUGAGGGUGCUCAGCCCCAGGGGGUUUCACCCAGCAGAGCAGAUGGAGGCAGCGAAUGUGACCGUGGCCCUGCCCUGUGCUGGUGGGCACCGCGUUGGUGCUGCCUGUAGGGAUGGAGCAGGACGUGCAGCGCAGCUCAGCCCGGCCCCAGGCACUCACCAGCAGAGCUGACCCUUCGCUGGGCUGUAUUGAGCACAGGCUGCUCACCCCUCUCUGCUCAGUGCCUUGGCAGCACCCGCAGCAGAGCGGGUGCCUGUGCCUUUCCUGAGGGACACUGUGGCUGUCAUAGCCCGAGGGAGGACAGUGGAAACCUCCGUGGGAGCAGCAGCAGGACCUCAGCUCAUCCCUGUGCUGAGCUCCUGGGCCUGUGCUGUUCUGUCCCCUGGCAGGGACACUGGGGGGUGCUGGCAGGGACACUGUGGGGUGCUGGCAGGGACACUGUGGGGUGCUGGCAGGUCCUGGCUGCCAUGGAGCAGCCCCUCCACCAGCCUCUGGUUUGGGGAAGAAUAAGCUCCAUCAAGGGCUGGUUUUAAUGUUUAAAAAAUCAGAAGCAAAAUGCAUCAGGAUUAUCUCUGAGAAACAAAUGAAGGGCAGCGCUCAGGGAUUGCAUUUUUUA